UUACAUUUCUGAGCAUCCAUUGCUUGAUUUGUUCAGCAUUAUUAAUUCACUGACCCCACUCCGCGGUCCACCUCAGCUGCCACCGUCUUCUUUCUUACUUAUUCUUCUGCUUCCUCUCUUUCUCUCUCGCACGCACAAACACGUAGCAAUGACCAGAAAGGUUUCGAAUUUCUCCGAUCUGAUCCAAAGGGUCACCACCUCCUGCUUCCUCCACUCAUUCGCCGACGAUAGGGAGGAGGAAUACCACAGCGACUCAUUUGGAAACAAACCCCAAGACGAACAAGGUUAUUACGGUGAAGAAAAGAUGGUGAUGGGUUUGAAGGUAAUUUCAAGAGAGGAAAAGAAAUUGAAGCAGAUGAGGGCGUUAAUGGAGGAGGUGUUCGAAGCGGUAUCGGCAAUGAAGAGUGCGUACGUGAGCUUGCAGGAAGCACACUGCACGUGGGACCCACAGAGCUUGAGGGAGGCUGACGUGGCAGUGGUGGCGCAGCUGAAGAAGCUUGCUCUGUUGAGGGACGGGUUCCAUGGGAGUGUGAGUACUGUUGAAGAAGAUGAGGGUAGAAGAAGGAGAGGAGGGAAUGCGCCCUACGAGACAGUGAUGAAGAAGGAAGUGAAGGCCAAGGACUUGCACAAAGUGAAGCUUGGGUGUGUUGCUACCCUCACAAGUCAUGAAAACAAAGCUCGGAGGCCUCACCCUUACACAAAGAGAAACCUUGGUUGCAAUAGUCAAAUGCAAGAGGCAGGGUUUGUAGCAGCACCAUCCCCAGAAGUCUUGGAAGCAACAAUGGCUCAAGUAAAGGAAGCAUCAAAGUCCUUCACAUCUCUACUCUUGUCGCUCAUGCAGGAUGCAAAAUGGGACAUGGCUGCCGCAGUUCGUUCCAUCGAAGCAGCUUCUGACAAAUACUAUAAUAAUCCUGCCACCUCCACCACUACGGUCUCAACUCUUCACGCCAAGUACGCCCUUGAAUCCUACAUCUUCCGCAAAAUGUUCCAAGGAUUCGACCACGAGAGUUUCUACAUGGACAAUAACACCCUCUCCUCCCUCCUCAACCCUGCUCAGUUUCGCCGCGAUUGCUUCAGCCAAUACCACGACAUGAAGUCCACGGACCCUUCUGAGCUCCUCGGAGUUUUACCAACGUGCCAUUUUGGCAAAUUCUGCUCCAACAAGUACCUUUCGGUUGUGCACCCCAAAAUGGAGGAGUCACUGUUUGGUGAUUUGGUGCAGCACAGUCUAGUCUCUGAGGGGAACCAUCCAAGGACUCGGUUUUACAAAGAGUUUUUGGGGGUGGCAAAGGAAGUGUGGUUGCUUCAUUUGCUAGCGUUCUCGUUUGAUCCUCUGCCAAGUAAGUUUGAGGCAAGUGGUGGAGCUGAGUUUCACCCUCGUUACAUGGAGACCGUGGUCAAAUUUGCUGGCGGGAGGGUGCCACCUGGAACGGUUGUUGGUUUCUCAGUUAGUCCCGGGUUUAAGUUUCGAAAUGGCUCUGUUGUAAAGGCUAGAGUUUAUUUGAUGGCCAGAAACUGAGGUUAGAGACUUUAAUUAAGUGGUUUGUUUGAAACUGAUCAAGUUAAUGUUUGCUCAGUAGGAUUUGCCUGCAGCCUUGUAAAGUAACAGGAAAUCUUUCCCCGAAUCUAAAAGAUAAAACAAAUUAGUUCAUCA